UAAAACGGUGUCAGGGCCGCGUCAAUAGCGUGUUAGGCCCUGAUUUUGUACUGUCUCCUAAUCUCCAGCCCUGAUAGUAGAAGUGACGCCACGCGUGCGCAGCACUUGGCUUACAUACAACGCAGCGAUACGCCCAGUUUUUAUCUCCGGUCCCGUUACUCCCACUUACUUUUCUUCUUCAACCGCGUAUCGGAGCUCACAGCGAGCGUGCGAGAGAGCAACCAUGGGAAAUUCGUUUCGUCUGCAGCCAGGGCCGACGCUCUAUCCGGAGAACAAGACUCCGGUGACGGAAGAUGUACUGGAGAUCGGGCUGGUCGUGGCGUUCGCCGUGAUCGCCUUCUCCUUCAUUCUCAUCAUCCCAGGAAUCAGAGGCUGGGAGCGUUUAUGGGCGACGUUGCGAGUGCUCAUCACGCUGUUUAUCGGCUGCAUACUGCUGAUCGCCAACUUCAGCUACGAGUGGUACUCGGACGAGGCCUGCGUCCUCACCCAGUACAAGGCCUACGUGUUCCCCGUGGGUAUCGAGCAAGAAAUCGAGGCCAGGGUGGGUCUCCACAUCGGGCUCCGCGGAUUCAACGUCACCCUGAAGGAAAUGUCGCUGGAGGAGUGUCUCGGGAACGACGAUGCGGGCGACUACGUGCGGCCAUUCCCCGGCGAAGAGAUCAACUACAACGAGCAGUUCUAUUGGGCGAACCCGUGGGCGCAGGGCCGGCUCGGUUUCGGGAGGUUCGCCGGGCGAGUCUCGCGGGAGUUCCGCGAGGCGCAGCGAGAGGGAAAGCCGUACCCGAUCCUCUGGAUCGCCGAGUACUUUACGCUGGACGGAGAGCAGAUUCGUUGGGGCCGCAAGUUCCGCCAGGCCGGUUGGUAUACCCACCAAUGUAUGUGGCUUGCAUUUGCUCUCUACCUUGUAACUAUUCUGCUCUACGUCUUUGUCAUUCGACUGGGAGCCUACUUCACCAUGCUGACUGGCAGCAUCAUGAUCCUUGCCUGCUUUGCCUUUGGAGUAAUCAUACUGAACGAUCCGAAGAUGAAGAUACCGUUUUCAAACCCGGUCGACCACACGGUGUUUGUCGACCCACAGUUUGGGUGGUCGUGGUACCUGACUCUGUUCACUGGUAUCGGUACACUCGUUCUGGGCCUGGUCGUCUUGCUUAUGGACUUCUUCCUGCCACGCAAGAUUGCAGUCGUGUUCCACCACAGUGUGGUUGAAGAAGACGAAUUCUUUGCUCAAGAUGAGGACGAAGUGGAGGAGGUAGGAAAGGGCGAAGAGUUUGGGGAGAAAUUGGGUGGCCGCACGCGAGCCACGCGUCGCGGCGGUGCUGCACGUGGAGGAACCACCCGCCGUGGAAUCAGCCGUUAUCGCAAGACGGACCGCAAGCCGAGGAGCACCGUUCGCUCCACCGGUGGUGGGUCCCAGCGCCGUGUCGAGGAAGGCGGGAUCCCUCUCACGGAAAUCCAGACUGAGACGUGAUCCUCUCCCUCCACGUGUGAACCCUCGAAUGGAACAAACUGACUGUAGUAUUAAUCUGCCUUUAGUAUAGGCUGCAGUAGAAGGUAGUCUGUACGUAUAUGCAUUAUGUAUGAUUAAUGCUAGAAAAUUGAUUUUCAGCUGCAAUGCCAAGAUAUGCAGCACUGACAAUCACGCCACAACACA